AUGCAAGACACCCGAUUUACAGCCCUGGUUUUACCUUGCGGUCAUCUCGAAGGCUGCGCUGGAUUAGCCGGCCUUCUUCGGGCAUCCCUCGCGGUCCAACACGGCGUCAUCCCACCCAACAUCCAUUUCGAUGCGCUAAACCCAGCCGUCAAACCUUUCUACACAAACCUCUGCGUGCCUACGUCGCCCCUGGCGUGGCCGGAUACCCAUGGUCAGCCUCGUCGCGCCAGCGUCAACAGCUUUGGCUUUGGCGGCACAAAUGCCCACACUAUUGUCGAAAGCUAUGACACUCCUACUGAGACUUUUCCGUCCUCGCAACAAACGGCCGCUGCCACAUUGGUAGCUAGGCAAGAAGCUGAUAAAUUCGGUCUCGUCGGCCCGUUUGUGUUUUUAGCCAGGAGUCGCACGUCACCUUCCCAGUCACUUCGACAAACCUCAGACCAUCUGCGCAUUAACCCGGCACUGGAUUUGGAUUCCUUGAGCAGCGUGCUGCAUUCAAAGCGAAGCGCUUUGACAUACAGAAUAGUGAUUCCGGCGACGACAAGUCGCCAGACACUACUAGACAGCCUGGAGGAACAUGUCAAACUCGCAUCAAGCGCACAAUCCAGUGAGUCGUUUGGCGUCAGGGCCUUGAAUGAGCCCGGUGCGACCAAGCAGCCAGGGAUCCUCGGUAUCUUCACAAAACAGGUGACGAAGGUAAUUAACGUGGAUUGGCUAUUACACGGUGCUCAAGCUGCCCAGAUGGGCCGACACUUGGUGCAACACUGCAAAACUUUCAGCCAGUCCAUUCAAAAAUGCGAGGUCGACUUGAAAUCACUUCCUGAAGGUCCUACUUGGUCAUUGAUUGAGGAACUGGUUGCGGAAGAGAAGGUUUCGCGUCUCUCGCAGGCCGUCAUCUCCCAACCUCUUUGCACGGCCCUUCAGAUUGCCCUUGUCGACCUCCUGAAAACAGUCGGCAUGGAGUUCGCUGCCGUUGUUGGCCACUCGUCUGGCGAGACCGGUGCUGCGUAUGCAGCUGGACUUCUGAGCCGAAGGCAUGCCAUGGGUAUCGCGUACUACCGCGGUCAAGUGGCCCAUCUGGCAAAGGGGCCGGGUGGGAAGGCGGGAGGCAUGAUAGCGGCAGCCUUGACCUUUCAAGAUGCUAAGUCGCUCUGCUCAGAGGCCCGAUUCAAGGGACGGGGACAAAUUCUCUUUCCUGGAGCCGGCUAUGUCAGUAUCGCCGUAGAGGCGUCCAAAGCCUUCGUCCAGGGCCGCCCCAUUAAACUGGUUGAGGCCAGAGAUAUGAAUAUACCCAAAGCACUGGUCAUCGGCGAGGACAAAGGAGUUGAAGUCGUCUUCACGAUGCGCAGCCAGACGCUUCACACAUCGGUGUCAGACGGCUCAAGCUUAGAAGCCGAGUUCGUUGCUUGUAGCUGCUCGUAUGAACGCGUUUUGGACAAGACGUGCGAUGCCCGUUUAUUCAUCCAUCUUGGUCCUACUGGAUCUGAAGAUUUGCCUGCAAAUCCUAUAUCACAGACCGAACUUACACCUCUGGACACCGACAGAUUUUAUCGAGCUGUUUCGGAGAUCGACCUUGGCUACGAUGGAGCGUUUCGCGCAUUGCAUUCCAUCAGUAGAUCUUGGGGUCAUGCCAAGGCAUCCGCUUCUUGGUCCAGCGAUGACAUCGCCAUUGGUUGCUCCCUACACCCUGCUGUUCUUGACGUUGCUUUCCAGGUCGGGCUAGGGACCUUUCUUUCCACCGCAGAGAAGUCAAUGAGAAGCCCCUUGCUCCCAGUUGGAAUUCGACGAGCCUUCAUCAAUCCCAACCAGAACUACGAGGACGAGCCCGGCUCAACGAAUAUCGAAAUUGAGGCCAUGAUGUCGACUGCAAAUGCUGGCGUUGUUGAGGUUGACAUCAGCUUAUGUGCUAAGAAAACCAACGAAACGCAGAGUUGCGGUAUUCAGAUCGAUGGCCUGAUACUCAAAGCGAUUGCCGAACCACAGCCGUCUGAAGACCGUAACCUGUUUGUCAAGACCAUCUGGGACGUUGACAGCGCCUACGGUCUUGCUGUCACACCGCCGACUCCAGCCAAUGAGGCUGCUUCCUCGACUGUGAUAGACGCGUGUGAGCGAAUCACUCUGUUUUACAUGCAAAACCUCAUUCGCGAGCUCUCCGCCCAGGACCUAAAGUCCGCAUCGUGGUACCACCAAGAGUUGUUCAGCUACAUACAUACCACGUUGUCCACAACUCGGGAGAAAAGGCAUGCGAUCCUGCGUGAAGGGUGGUUGGAUGACGACCGUGAGACCAUCCUAAAGCUUAUCGAUGAGCAUCCAGAGAGCGUCGACAUAGAGAUGCUGGUCGCAGUGGAAUUGCCGCACGGAAACAUGCAUUAUCUCGAUUUCGACCGGCCUGAGGCGUGGAACGCUGACGUGCUUGUGCGCCACGUUCUUCUAAUGGCCUUCACAUUGGCGUCGUCGACGACUACGCAAGAAAUGCUCUGGAGCGAAGAGCCAGAGGUCCUGGUCAAAGGCGAUGAGAUACUUGUGCCUCGUAUUGUGCCCGACCACGUUGCCAACGAGACACUUAACGCCAAGCGUCGGAAAAUAAGCAAACUUGUCACAACGGAGAGGAUCACCAUCGACUCUAGUGACCCCUCCUCGCAGCUACCACAGCUGCUCACUGGUGACAGCCUCUCGGUUCCUGAAAGGUAUACGGCGGUCGAUGUCAAGUUCUCGUUGGCGUUGCAAACUGGUGUCGAAAACCCAUGCUUCCUUUGUUUCGGUCGUGUACAAAGCUCAGGUCAGCUAGCAGAUGUCGGCGAGGUUCUCGUACUGUCUGCAAUCGAUUCUUCAACGGUCGUUGCCCCCACAGAAAGCCUUCUAGAGUGCUGCGACGCGCAAGCUAUCAAUGGUGAAAGCCUGGUGGGCACGGCAUCUGCCCUAAUUGCUUUGCAAGUGGUCCGCAGGGUUCCUCAGCACGGUACGACCCUUGUCUUCGGGGCUACAGUGGGCAUGGCCCACGCCAUCUCCGCUGUAGCAGCUGGAACAGGGCACAGCAUUCUGUUCGUCGCUGUCGACUCGGUUGACGAAAAGAACCGAGAAGACUGGAUCAUGUUGCAUCCUCGGGCCGCUGCUCGAGUCGCCCGAAGACUGAUCCCUAAGGACACAUCACUGGUCAUCAACUUGUCAAAGGAAAACCUCGAAACGAUUGUGGAAUUCCUGCCGUGUUUUGCGUCAUUCAGACCUAUGAUCCUAGAAGUCUUCUUCACGAACCUAGCAAGGAGGUCGCUGCUGUACUGGGCAAAGCGCAUGACACGUACCAUUCAUCAGCCAAAGAAGAAGCCAGCGAAUUAUCUGCCAUAA